CUCUCCCAUUUUUAUCUCUUUAUUAUCAUCUCUCUCCGCAAUUUUCUCCUCCAUAUCUCACCAUGUCAACAAACCAACAAGUUAUGUGGCCCAGAUUAGUGGCUAACAAGAUCCUUAGAAAGAGAUUAGGAAGCAACAACUUCGUUGCAGAUUUUCCCAGAUACAAAGAAAUCCCGACCUUGGAUCGGCCAUGUCUUAGUCCAAACAGUAGCAUUUUCGUCCACCAUAAGGAUAUACAUAACUACAGGAUUUUUGUUAGUACAUGGAAUGUUGGAGGUGUUGCACCACCGGAAGACUUGGAUAUGGAGGAAUUGCUAGAUACGGGCAAUACCUCCUGCGAAAUCUACGUUCUUGGAUUUCAAGAAAUUGUACCCCUUAGCACCUUCAGCGUGCUGGGAUCAGAAAACAACAAGAUCUCAACUAAAUGGAAUUCCCUGAUUAGACGGGCUUUGAACAAGAAGAAAAUCCGACAACAUUCCAAUGAAGAAGAAGAACAGUCAAAUCAUGAAAAGAGCAGCAAUAAUAAUAUUACAGGACAAGACUUUCAGUGUAUUAUAAGUAAGCAAAUGGUCGGGAUUCUAAUCACAGUUUGGGUCCGAAGCUAUCUUUGUCCUUAUAUCAGGUCUCCUAGUGUCUCGUGUAUAGGCUGUGGAAUCAUGGGCUGCCUAGGAAAUAAGGGUUCGGUUUCGGUUCGAUUUAGACUACACGAAACAAGCUUCUGCUUCGUUUGCUGUCAUCUAGCCUCUGGUGGUAGACGAGGAGACGAGAACCUUAGAAACUCCAAUGUUUCCGAAAUAUUUUCCAGAACAAGUUUCCCUAGAGGCCCUUCACUUGAUUUACCAAUAAAAAUCCUAGACCAUGAUCGGGUAAUUUUUCUAGGAGACUUGAAUUAUAGGAUUUCCCUACCGGAAUCAACUGUUCGACUAUUAGUAGAUUCAAGAGACUGGAAUUCCCUGCUCGAAAAUGAUCAGCUAAGGAUGGAGCUGAUGAAUGGCGAAUUUAAAGGGUGGCAUGAAGGAUUAAUUGCAUUUGCUCCUACUUAUAAAUACCGUCCGAAUUCUGAUAUAUACCAUGGAUGUUUUCAUCAAAGCAAAAAAGGAGAAAAGAAACGCUCCCCGGCAUGGUGUGACAGAAUAAUGUUGUACGGGACAGGAUUAAAGCAACAUGUAUAUACCAGGGGGGAAGAAAACUUCUCGGAUCAUAGGCCGGUGAAAGCAAUAUUUACAGCUGAAGUUGGGGUUUUACAUUCACUGAAACAAUUUCAAAGCGUUUUUUUGUCGGAAAGGUUUGAUAGGAUUACAAGUAAGACCGAUGAUUUUAUAUGUAAAGGAAGAUCCAGCAUCCAGAUUUUAUAAA